AUGUCCCGAAACGGUAUACCUUGCAACAACAGAGAAGAGAUCAAUGUGCUAGGAGACGAUUACGGAUCUCGGGCAGGCUCUUGUCGCGUUUGUGAUAUUAAAUACAGAGCAGCUUCUAAAUACGAGGCAGCGGUUGCCGCCGCUGAAAGCCAGUUUACUGCAAUUGUCAAUGCUGCUUGGAGUAAGAAGAUUGAGGAGGAAGAAAGAGCCAGCUAUGUUAUAGAUACAAUCCCAUCUAUCGAUAGACAAAAGCGGCCUCGUCGCCACAGCUAUCACAGAUAUCACCAUCACCGCGACUAUUAA